CGCCACCAUUCACUCGCACAUACACACACAGUAUUCAUUCGGGACUCGCUGGAAAUAAUGCUUAGGUCACUUUAUUAUUUGUGCGCUACAAUGAAAAGCACUCCGGCGUGUGUUCGCCUCAACUAAUUGUUGCUUUUCAGACGGGAAUCACUCCCUGCGGGCUUAAAUUACAUCUCUGCAGCAUCCUUGCAGAGUAGCCUCUGCUCGCCGAUUCCAUUUUUUCCCCGACUGCAUUUAAGCGGUGCCAUCGACGGAACCGGAGACUGGUUCACAUACACGGGCUCCUACACCGCAUCCUGGACCGGCAGCGGACUUCUCUUUGAGCAUGGAGUAAAAAGAUCAUUACGGAAAGAAAAAGUUAGUAGUCUUCUCCACGCACGAGUAGUGCCCCUGGGUUUGGGUUUAAUGCUUAUCGAAAGGCGUCAAGAACCCAGAGGGUAGGCUGGUGUGCGGAUGAGGAAAACGAUGUCGUGCUCGUCAGCCGCGGCGCUGUUCACCUGGAAUACCUGAAGCGCUCUCUCCUAUGGCACGCAGCAGCAUCAACUUAGAAACACUGUUGCAUGUUUUCAUGUCUGAUAUCUGGGCCCUUGUGGCCUAACCCUUAGAUAUUUUAUAUAAGAUCGGUUGCUGUUGAUUGAAAAGCCCGAGUGUCGAAGCAAAACUCGCAGCAGCUGAUCAUAUUUAUAGAUAUAUAUCUAAAUCUACUCUACUGUCCCCACAAGAGGAUGCUGCCCGAAGCGCAAUGAUGCCCUGGACUCGAAGGAUUUUCGUGAUCAGUAUGACAUUUAGUUAAAAAAAAAAACAACCCAACAAACUCGUGGACCUAAGGACAGAAUCAUUGUUCUUAUUUUUAUUUCCGCCACACGCCAAUUACCUACAGUGAGAUCCGUCAUCUGCCGAAGUAGACUUUCCGUUUUCAGACUCGGUUCGGGGAGAUGGCCGCGAUCGCCAGCUCCCUGAUCCGGCAGAAACGCCAGGCGAGGGAAUCCAACAGCGACCGGGUCUCGACUUCGAAACGUCGCCCCAGCCCCAGCAAAGACCCCCGCUCUCUCUGCGAGAGGCAUUUCUUGGGGGUCUUCAGCAAAGUCCGUUUCUGCAGCGGCAAGAAAAGACCCGUUCGGCGGCGACCAGAUGCACCCUCGAAACCUCCACAGGUGUCCCAUAAGGGCUGCAGGCUAGAGCCACAGCUGAAAGGCAUCGUGACACGACUGUUCAGCCAGCAGGGCUUCUACCUGCAGAUGCAGCCGGAUGGAACCAUCGACGGCAGCAAGGACGAGAACAGCGACAACACCCUGUUUAAUCUUAUUCCUGUGGGUCUGAGAGUGGUGGCCAUCCAGGGGGUGAAGAGUGGCUUUUACAUUGCCAUGAAUGGCGAGGGCAUGCUCUACAGCUCGGAGGUGUUCACCCCAGAGUGUAAGUUCAAGGAGUCAGUUUUUGAGAACUACUAUGUGAUCUACUCGUCCACUGUGUACCGACAGCAGGAGUCAGGUCGGGCCUGGUUCCUUGGUCUCACCAAGGAGGGACAAGUAAUGAAGGGCAACCGGGUCAAGAAGACUAAGCCCUCAUCGCACUUUGUUCCCAGGCCAAUUGAAGUUUGUAUGUACAGGGAGCCAUCACUGCAUGAGAUAGAGGACAAGCACCGCUCCAGGAAGAGCUCAGGGACUCCCACCAUGAAUGGAGGGAAAGCUGUCAAUCAGGACUCCACAUAGCAUCUGAGGGAGGGGCUUCCAGCAGGGGGGAGAGGCCUCGUCCUGAAUGAAGGGAAGGGGCCAAAGGAAACUUCACCCGUCCCUCCCAAUGUACGCACCACCAUGGCCCGUGACAAACAGAGGGGUUUAUGAUGACAAUGAGGAGCUAUUACUGUACACCCAAGACAACGAAAACAAAAACUGAUGUCUUGCCUGUGAAAACCUUUUAGAUGAAUUAAUAUGAAAAAGACUAUAUAUAUAUAUAUAUAUAUAUAUAUGGAGAAGUCGUUUUCAAUCAGGACUUGGCCAACCAUUUUAUGCAAAAAAGUAUAAAAAAGCUGUGAUAAACAAAGAAAUGGUGGUCUCCCUUCACGUAAAUACAAGUAUCUGUCAUUUUCGAUUUAUGCUGUGAAAAACAAGCUUUAAUACAUGUUCACUUUUCAUACAUUGAUUUUUUUUUCUACAUACUAUUGCAUUCUCAUAUGCUUUAUUGUGUUGUUGUCAAUAAUAACUAUACCAUCUUCAUUAUAAUCAUCAUUACUAAUCUGUUGCUCGAUCAUCUUAUUUACUAGCUUUUUGGUUUUGAGACCAUUUGAGAAUUUUUUUAUUACCCUUAUGUGUUUUUUUUCUCUCACAGUUUGAUCUUGAAUGCACUGUCACACCACUUGCACUGGUGUGAGGGUAAGACUAAAUAUAUUGAUAGUUCUCCUUGCUGGACUUCAAUGGAAACAGAGUGCUUAGGGUGGGAUGUAAUUUACUCAGGUGUGUAUUGUAAGUUAGACUAAUGUGACUAUAGGACACAAACUUCCAUAUGUUGCCCUGGUGUGGCAGGACGGGACCGAUACAAGCAAUAUAACAGAGUGCAGUCUAGUAUGUCUCUAAAUAAAAAAACAAAAACAAUAAAACACUGGCAACACAUCUCCACGGUUGGUGCGUUUGUCAGUAGAAAAGACAAAGAAAGUUGUAUGAGGCAUUAAAAGUUGGAAAGGAGUGAAAACCUGUUUUGAUACAGUUUCUGUAUUAUCUCAUCACUUAAAAUGAGCAUUAGGUUAUAAACAAAGAGAUGUCCAAACUUGUCAAAAAUGACAAAGAAUAAUAUUCUCUCCAAAAGCUGAGAGGAUGGUAAUGACCAACAUCAGCACUACGAGCCAUGGCCAAAAACGGUCACUUCACAUUUGCACCUCGUGAACCACAGACCCCUUUUUCUGCUGUUAGCUAUAACAACAACUCAAAAUAUAACUAUGUAACAGUAGUCGUGCUUUUGAACUAUAUGGACUAAACAUGAAAUAACCUUUGAUUAAAGACUUCUGCAGUUUUUCUACGCAGAAAGAAAA